AUGCAGCUCUGGCGUAAGUCUCUCGGUUUGGUGGCCUUGGCCGGCGUGACCGGUCUGGCGAUGACGGGCCCGGCGCAUGCCGAGGUUUCGGCCGAGUCUCAAUAUGUCUUCAACACGCUUUCGUUCAUGUUCCACGGCGUCCUGGUCAUGUGGAUGGCCGCCGGCUUCGCCAUGCUGGAAUCGGGUCUGGUGCGGUCCAAGUCGACCGCUUCGAUCUGUCUCAAGAACAUCGCGCUCUAUUCGAUCGCCGGCAUCAUGUUCUAUCUGGUCGGCUACAACCUCAUGUACACCGACGUCUCGGGCUUCAUCGGGUCGUUCAGCCUGCUCUACAACACGACCGGCGACGAGCUGGCUCUUCUGGAAGGCACGGGUGACGCGGCCGCCAUUGUCGGCGAGGGCACCUACUCCAUCAUGUCCGACUGGUUCUUCCAGAUGGUCUUCGUCGCGGCGACGGCCUCGAUCGUGUCGGGCACCCUGGCCGAGCGUAUCAAGGUCUGGCCGUUCCUGAUCUUCGUCGCAAUCCUCACCGGCAUCCUUUACCCGAUCCAGGGUUCCUGGACCUGGGGCGGCGGCUGGCUGAGCGAGAUGGGCUUCAGCGACUUCGCCGGUUCGACCAUCGUGCAUUCGGUGGGCGGCUGGGCCGCGCUGACCGGUGCUAUCAUUCUGGGCGCACGCAAGGGCAAGUAUGGGCCUGACGGCAAGGUCAACGCGAUGCCUGGUGCGAAUCUGCCCUUGGCCACGCUGGGUACCUUCAUCCUCUGGAUGGGGUGGUUCGGCUUCAAUGGCGGUUCCCAGUUGGCGCUGGGGUCUGCGGCCGACGCGGCCUGGAUCGCGACCAACCAUUUCAUCUCGCUGAUCAUCGGCGCGGUCGGCGGUGGACUGGUGGUCUUCACCGUGCCCCUGCUGGACAAGCUUAAGGUCGACGAUGUGGUCGGUGCGAUCUCGGUCCACCUGGGCGCAGGUAUCUGGGGCACCCUGGCGGUCGGCAUCUUCGGCGGCGGCAGCCUGGGGACGCAGAUUGUCGGUAUCGCAGCUAUCGGUGCCUUCGUCGUGGUCACCACGAGCAUCGUCUGGCUGGCGCUGAAGUUCACGAUGGGUAUCCGCGUCUCCGACGAGGAAGAGGAAAUGGGCCUCGACAAGUCGGAACUGGGUAUGGAGGCCUACCCCGA